AUGAGCAUGGUCAGCACCGCCGGCGCUGAUGACGUCCUCAUAGUCGGGGCGGGCAUGUCGGGACUCUUGCUUGCCCAGGGACUCAAGCACCGCAACGUCCCGUUCCAAGUUUUCGAACGCGACGCAGCUCUGGCGUCGAGGGGUCAUCGCUACCGGAUCAUGGACGGGGGCCUCAAAGCAUUCGAGAAGACCUUGUCGCCGCAGAUGUGGUCCCUCUUCCAGAAGACGCACGCGGGCCGCAUCGAACCGCCCGCGCUCGCCGUCCUCGAUGCCUCAACGGGCCAACAGACAGACACGUGGCGACUCGGGGACCGCUCCGUCAAUGUUGACAGGCCUUGGGUUCGUGAGCUCCUUCUCAACGGGAUCGAGGAUCACGUGCAUUUUGGAAAGGCGUCACAGAGUUAUGAGCUGCUGUCCGACGGCGGCAGAGACGGUGUGCGUGUGCACUUCGCAGAUGGUUCGGCCGCCCAAGGACGCAUUCUUAUCGGAGCGGACGGGGUGGGCUCGAAGGUGAGGAAGCAGUUGUUUCCGGAUGUAAAAUUGGUCGACACAGAAAGGUGCUGCAUCUGGGGACGAACUCCCCUGACUGACGAGUUUCGGGGUGAGUUCGGGCACGAAGAGGUGCUCCGGGCGCACUUUGCAAUCGCCCUCGACAAGAAGAAUCCCAACCAGUCGAUGCUGUUCGCUCCGAUCGUGUGGCCACACGGUGGUAAACUGUCCGCUAUCGAGGGAUGCAACCUCUCUGACCAGGAAAGCUACGUGUUUUGGGUCCUAUCCUUUCCGCCGGAAGCCUCGGUCCCCUUAUUGACCCAGGAGCAAAGGCGAGCCUACGCGCUAAGAUUGGCGGCGGAUUGGGACUCGUGCUUCCGCAGGCUGCUGGAGAUGCAAGCACAGAGCGCUGUCACUCCAAUACACUCCAACAAGCCAGACAUCUCGCCGUGGCCGACGGAUACUCGCAUCACCUUUGCUGGGGACUCGAUCCAUGCUAUGGCGCCGAGCGGAGGGUCUGGGGGCGAGACGGCUGCUGUUGACGUCGGUCAGUUGUGUGAUGUCUUGUCUGCGUCUAGGACGAAUGGAAAUUGGGAUUCCGCCGUCUUGAAGGUGAGGCUUGCUCAGUUCGAGUUGGACAUGAGGGAACGUGCAAAGAAAGCAAUCGAGUACAGCUUCCAGUCAGCCGUUUUGUUAUGGGGCGGCAGCAAAGACUGGUCUACUUAUCCUGAGGUUAGCAACUAG